AUGCCUCGACACGAGGAAGGAUGUCGCGGCGUAUACCAUGCAGGAACAAUAGAGACAGCACCACCAGCAGCAGUAGCAGCGCCCACAACGCCACUGCGGCUACACCGUUGUGAAGGGAUAAAGCUGUCUUGGCUGCUGCUUCUGCUGCUGCAGCAUCUUUGCACUCAUGAGGUCAUCUGCAGCGUCAUCUCCCCUACGCGUGGACGCAGCAGUAGCGGCAGUAGCAAGGCAAUCGCUUCCCCUCUUCUUGGGCUUACCUCCAGGGGUACUUCCCCAUGCGGGUUGCAGCCUAGCCCCCAUACUGAGCAGCAGCAGCAGCUGCAGGCUCUGCUGCACUGCAGCAGGCGCGGCGCUGCCCCUAGUUUUUCUUUUUUGAGGCCUCGACCGAACAACAACGGUGUUGUUUUGUCGAAUUACGACUCAGCAGCAGCUGCAGCGGCAUCAGCAGAAGCAGCAGCUACAGCAGCUACAACAGUUCGUCUCUUGGGAACAUCACCGCAACAGCCGCAUCGUCAGAUCAUGCAGGCGCCACGGCCAACCCCACAUAAAACAGCAGCAGCAGGAGCAGGAGGAAACGGUCUCUGCCCAGCAGCAGCAGCAACGGCAGAAGCAGCAGAUGUCCCAGUGUCUGCAGCAAAGGUUCGCAAUGUGUGGAGGUCAUCUUUGAAUGUCACGGAGCUAUCAUUUUUCUCUCUAGACUCAACGCAAAAGUGGGCGGAGCGUCAUCUAGACGAGUUGGUGUGCGCACAUCUCCUGCAGCAUCUGCAGCAGCAAAAGCAGCAGCAGAAGCAAGCGCUAGCUACUGGGGGUCACUGUCUAUGUGUCACUGCAGCAAAGCAAACUGCAGGAGUAGGGACUCGUCGAGGAGACACGGGGGAGGAACGGCGCUGGGUGUCUGCUGCUGGCAACUUGCAUGCAACUUAUCUGCUGCCGUGGAAACAGCAGCAGCAGCAGCUGCUGCUGCACUUGCCCUUCGUUGCAGCUCUGUCUGUACAGCGCGUGCUACAACAACUGGGCGUGAAGGGCUCUAAAAUUAAGUGGGUCAAUGAUGUCCUCGUAAACAAUAAGAAGAUUGCUGGAGUUCUCUGCCAAAGCACGAACCGCACAGUUGCUGCUGCUGCUGCUGCUGCUGCUGGGAACACUACUAGUGAAGAACCUACAGCAAAAACGCCACAGCUGCAGGCGGUGGAAGACAUGGUUGUUUUGCUUUUGGGCAUCGGCAUAAACCUCGCCGCUCACCCCAAGGAGCACUUCGAGGACUGUUGCUACCAGGGCAGCACAGACGUGAAAGAGGCCUUGCAGCAGCAGCAACAACACCAAAAGCGCCGGCAGCAGGUGCUGCUGGAGCAUUACACUGAUUUAGUUAUUUGGCCGCCUCAGUCCUCUCUCCUUUUAGCUUCCAAUAGCAGCAAUAGCAAGGCUGAAGAGAGCAGUGAUGGUAGCAUUGACGUGUCUGUUGAGAAAGUGCUGGACUUGCUGCACGAAGAAGUGGGCGAGGUGCUGCUGCUGCUGCAGCAGCAGGGCUCCGCUCCGCUGCUUGCUUCUGUGGAUGAGCACUUGGCGUACAAAGGCGACCGUGUGUCGGUGAUCCUAGAGAAGCAAGAGCAGCAAGAACUUAUGCUGCCGCAAAGACACAAGCAGCAGCAGCAGCAGGGGAAGUACAGCGGCAUAUUGGAAGGCCUCGACUGUGAUGGCUCUUUGCUGCUGCGGCUGCCUGACGGUUCCCUGCGGAGCUUCUCCUCUGGGAGACUCAUGCAUCUGCUUAUAAUAGGGGCUGUGCAGUUGAAGUUUUGA